CGUACCCGAUUAUAAGCGUGCACCGAAUGCACAGCGGGCGCGACAAAUUCGCGUAUAAUAUGGUUCUCGUCGCGUUGGAACCAACCGCCGAAGGCAAACGAAUUGCCUCAAGCCUCCGCACCGUUUACGGCUUAUCCGGGGUCACCGUCGAGGCCCCAUAUAGAAAAGGCACUCCCGGGCUGUGCCACCGCUGUCAGCUUUACGGCCACUCCGCGCGCAACUGCCACGCGCGUCCGCGGUGCGUAAAGUGCCUCGGUGACCACGCGACAGCCGACUGUUCGCGGGUCAAAGAGACCGCGACCGAACCACCGAGCUGUGUGCUCUGCCAGAAGCAGGGCCACACAGCCAACUACCGCGGAUGCCCUAAGGCCCCGCGGAAGCGUCUGGCCAACGCGCCAGCAAAAACCGUCGGCCCAAAGACUUCGGCGCCCCGCGCGCCGAAACCUGCCUUCGUGCCGGCACCGGUGCCCACCGUCUCCGCGUGGGCAAAACCGCUGCCGCUCACGUUGGCAGGGAAACCACCGGCACCCCAGCCCCUGCUCGCGCCGCGCCCCGCCCUCGCGCCCGGUCCCGCGCCUCGCCCCGGCCCCGCGCGCCCNCCACCUUCCAAACUCCACCCCAAUCCCCAGCCAACUGCCGUUUUCACGGCAAAGGCACUCCCCCCCUUUGUUGCUGGUAAAGCACAAGGGGUGAACUCCUACUCAGGGGACUCGCCUUUCGGCGAGUUGCUUUAA